AUGAAGUUUCUACAACUUACUGGAAUGACUGUGCUGUUAAGUCAGGCAAUAUCAAUUUCUGCAGCUUUGCUAGUUCCAAGGUCCCCAAGUGGUCCAUCUAAAAUGAGCGACCCAAUGUCAGACAUCAUAGCUUGCAUCAAUGAAAUAAAAUCAAGUGGUAGAAAACUAGAGUCUCCAGAUAGUGAAAGCAGAAGACUUGCCAAAAGUUUACAAAAACCCUAUGUAAUUCCUAUAAGAGUUCCAUAUAUAGAUAGCCAAAAUGGUGAGUGA